AAGCCUUUGCAGAAAGUCGCACCAUCAAGGCCUGGGAGUCCAGAAUGACUAUUUCUAGCUUGGUUCUUACUGAGGGUAUCUUCAUUUUGCCUCCUAAUUUUGUCUUAAAUGUGAUCUCGUUGGGUAAUUGUGUUCUAGUCAUUGUCUUUCGUACUACUUGACCCUACUAUAUCCCCUUGACAGUGUUUAGAUCAUUUUGCAGUUAUCUGUUUUUUGCCCCUAUCACCAAAAUUUCUGAAAGUGAAAGACGUCAUCAAGGAAAACACCAUACAUCCGAAUCUGGGAGUAGUACUGUUUCCGCACCUAAUCAUCUCCCGAGAAAUCCCUUCCAACUUUAACCAGCCCGUAUUUCGCUCUUCUAGGGCUGCCGCCUUGGAGCUACUCAAGGAAGCAACCAAAUGGAACUACGAGUCUUGGCGAGUGUGGGAAAACAUUCUACUGGUGAGUUUUCUCGAACUAGCCUUUUACAUCCCCACCAUCGAUAGCGAAGCGUCACAAUAUAGUAGACUGCUCUUGACAGCACAUCUAGCACCGACAAGAUCCAGACUAGACAGUUGAACUAAAAACCAGUCGAUGGGAUCAUAGGAUAUCCUGUGCAGUUAAACUAGUUUUGUAAACCAAAAACGCGUCCGUGUUCUCUUUCACCCCCCCCCUCCCCCACCUGCGCAAUAUUCCCUCAGCGUGUCACUUAUGCAGGUAUUACUUCCAAAAGUAACUACCAUAAUCGCUAAUAUCCUUAAUCAUCCCUCUUCAGGUGAGCAUAGACGUGGCCGCCUUCGGGGACACAAUUAGGGCCUUCCACCGACUUAUCGACCUUCGGCAGAAACAUGUCGAUCCUCAGGUACUGGGCAUUCUUGUGCGAGCCGUCUGCGAGGAUACGCCCGAUAAAGAGGGCCGCGGAGCAUCAAGGUAUCGCAGCAAACUCCUCGAAUUGAUGGGUCGUGUCACCUCCACAGUAAGCAGCUCACAGACUUUACUGGCUCUGUUCUUUCCGAGACCGUGUUACAUCUUCACUUUUUACUCCCGUAGGCGCCAUCAGACGCGGACACCUGGAGGCUCUAUGCCACUCUGUUACUGGACGACUACGACCAGUCCAAGCCCAGCGUAUUUCAGCGGGUGAGGUCCAAUUGUCGGGCAACGAUUUCAUUUUAUUCCCCCAGCCCCUCCUCCUCUCAUACUUUAGGCACCAGCCUUUCCCUAUCUCUGGCGCCUCUGAAUCUAAUUGCACGCCUCGGAAACUUUAAGUGUGACUUUCUCCGGCGAGCUUUGCCUUUCAUGCUAACACACUGAUUGGUUAUAAAAGUACCACAGAAUGACAACUGUUGCAAAACUUACUCAUUUCCUCCUUGCUCUCCCCCCCCCCUUCGUCCAUUCCAGGCUGUCCAGUGUCUCCAAAAGUCCUACCACUGCCGCCUCAAGAACGUCCAAAGUGGAUGGGAAUUAGUCACUAAGACCCGCUCCGCCCUAAUAACCGAUUUGCGAGCUCUAAACAAACUGCUGCUGGCUGAAAAGGAGGCCAUCUGCGGUGAGAAGGUAGCCGAAAAGAAAGAAGAGGUCACGCCGGCUGGCGAUGAGACCGUCACUACCGAUGCUGAGGCAACUUCCCCAAAACUGACUCAAAUAGCUUUUCUUCACUCAUCUCUCUCCUCCUUGAGACUCAGCAUAAAUUCCCUCGUGUCGCGACUCAAGGUAGGCCGUCGCGUCACGUGCACGUUUUUGUUACCUAUUGAGGCAUUUCCUGUGCGAAGAGUCUUGUUUUGUGGCUGGCUUUCUCUGUUUGUUUCUCACUGGCCCACUUUGUCGUUUAACGUGGUAACAAAGACGAGAACUGACAUUCAGACGGUAGAUGUUUCAGACCUAUUCCAUGUCCUCUUGCCCUUCCCUAUUACGAAAUGGCGGAGGUAGAUUGUUCAAUGGGGAAAGGAGUGGUACCGGCACAGUCUGUCCAUUCAACCGAUUUUUUAGACGUCCACUCCAACCCAUUUUCAUAGGUCGGAAGGAGCUGUACAGCUGACUAUUUUACAACCACUGGGCAUUAAACUGUUCGGAUUGAAUCACGGGCCAAUUAUUUUGACCCUUAUUCUUAAUCGUACUGCCGUUUGAACUGUCGGCCGUGUCUGAGCGAUAAACCUUCUGUAGACGGACUUGCUGUUCUCAAUGAGCUGUCUCCUGACCUCAUACACUGUCACAAACAUAGUAUCAGGCAAGUCUUGGCGCUAUUGGUUCCUGUUAAACGCACCACCUCACUUUCCUUAAGCCGCCCUCUCGGUCUUAGACGUUCCAUGCACAUAAAUGCGUGCCGGGCAACUGCAUCCAAUUCCUCAAACGAUUUAGCUUACUCAGUUUGUCUGAAUUCUCCCUGCACGUUUUAACCUAGGUGUUUUCCCGUCCCAUCUCGUCGGAUUUUCUAAACUUUUUUUAUAAUUUCCUCCGUUUAGAAAGCCGGUGACUGUUGCAUGGACCCCACGGUCUCUUCCGACCUAAAUCGUGACGUCGAGACUCUCAGGGAGAUGUUAUCUGCAGUGACUAACGUCCUCAAUGAUCUGCCACCUGUCUAA